UUUGCCCUGGAGGUGAACUUUACCGGCCGCUCACUAACAGCCGCAGCAGCUAACAGCGGUGGCUGUCACCUCCAGCGAUCCCUGAAACACUGCAACAUCAGUUUGAAUCCACUGUGGCCUAACCUAACCGGUUUCAAAACGGCGGCGGCAACACAGGAGAAACUGGACCCGUCCGGCUCAGCAUCCAGCUCAAAGAUGGAGUUGGCAGCGGCUCACCCAGCUCUCAAAGCCUUUAUGUGUGGCUCCCUCAGUGGCACCUGCUCUACACUCCUCUUCCAGCCUUUGGAUCUGGUGAAGACACGACUGCAGACCCUGCAGAACAAUGCCAAGCCCGGCGCACCCAAGGUGGGAAUGUUUAGCGUUUUCAUCAAUGUUAUUAGGACAGAGAAGUUCUUCAGUCUGUGGAAAGGUGUUUCACCGUCAUUUGUGCGCUGCAUCCCUGGGGUGGGUAUCUACUUCAGCACCUUCUACUCCCUGAAGCAGCACUUCUUCCUGGACCGAGCUCCCAACGCUGGCGAGGCUGUUCUGCUCGGAGCGGGUGCCAGAGCUGUGGCCGGAGUCUGCAUGUUACCAUUCACAGUCAUCAAGACGCGCUUCGAGAGUGGCUUUUACAGUUAUGCAAGUGUGCCCGGUGCUCUGAGGAGUAUGUAUGAGACGGAGGGAAUCAGGGCUCUGUUUUCUGGGCUGACUGCCACGCUGCUCCGCGACGCUCCUUUCUCCGGCAUCUACGUCAUGUUUUACAGCCAGGCCAAGAGAGCGCUGCCUCAAGAGGUGACCUCGGCGCCCUACGCCCCGCUGGUGAACUUCAGCUGUGGGGUGAUUGCGGGUGUCAUGGCAUCAGUAGUAACGCAGCCUGCAGAUGUAGUGAAGACUCACAUUCAAGUCAGACCCUCCCACUGUAGCACAGCAGGUGCAGUUCGCCGCAUCUACAUGGAGUACGGCAUGGCUGGGUUUUUUCGUGGAGCAGUGCCCAGGUCUCUUCGACGCACUCUCAUGGCUGCCAUGGCUUGGACUGUGUAUGAACAGCUGAUGGCUCGAAUGGGCCUCAAAUCCUGAAGAGCAAAAGUUUUUAGCCGCAAGAGAAGGGAAAGAGCUAUAAGAGGAUAA